UUUGAAAUACCCAUUUGGGUUGGACUUGAUAUCCAUUGUGCUUUUUGAUUUCUUUAUUGUUGAAAAAUUGAUAUGCCUACAGUGUUCUGUCAUAAAUAUGUAAGAUUAGACUUUGGGUUUGGAAAUUUGCUGUAAUUAAAAUGUCAUAUAAUAUCUGUGUUCAGGUCAAGUUCCAAUAUCUGCACAGGGUAUUGCAUGUUCACUUCCAUAUACAUAAUAUUAUAGAGGAAAAAGCUGAAAGUCUGUAAGUUGGCUUAUUUGGGAAGUGAAAAGAUCUCUUUUUAGAGUGGGAAUGGCUUUAUAUACUAUUGGGGUUUUGGUUUUAUUAAUUUGGUUUAACCAUUUAUUUUGUGUGGAAGUUUGUUAGUCAGAUUAUUUAGGUGCUUGGGACUUUAUUUUUAUUAAUUCAGUUCAAUCAUUUACUUGUGUGGCAGUUUGUUUGUCAGAUUAUUUGGGCAAUGAGGGAAGCUUUUAAGAGUGAAUAGAUUUAUAAACUAUUGGGAUUUUGGUUUAAUCAAGUUGUUAUCAUCUUUUACGUUGCAAUUUAAGCUGAGUUCCUAUAUUGUGUUCAAUGAAUUUUACUACUAACUGCAGUUAGCAAUGGCGGGGUUAUUUGUGGGGAAUACUCGUAUGGGACUGUCUACCCUUUCAGGCUUACCAGUUAUGAAACUAGAAUGCCUUUCUCAGAAGAAUUUUACAAAUUUCUUUCACGCACCCCAAAAGCUUGACCAUCAACUCUAUCCAUGGAUUGGAAAAAAGGCCAUCUUUUCCAUGAUUCCCUUGAAAAUGAUGGUUUCGAAUGGGUAUGUGGGAAAAACCAAUUACAUGAAAAGUAAUAUUACUGAUAAGAUCUACAAAAGAUUGGGUUCUUGUUUGGUCAUUCCUCCACCUGAAGGUAAGAAGCCACGGGCAAUCAUUAAAUUUCUCGGUGGUGCUUUUGUCGGAGCAGUUCCGGAAGUUACCUACAGCUAUCUACUUGGGCUUCUGGCAAAUGAAGGCUACCUUAUUAUUUCUGUGCCAUAUAAUGUGACCUUUGACCAUACUCAAGCUACUAGAGAAGUUUAUGGGAGGUUCCAUGCCUGCUUGAAUGAAAUUUUGGCAUCUGGGUUACCCGAUGCCAGCCUAACUGCAGCAGAACUUGUUGAUCUUCCAUAUUAUUCUGUUGGCCAUAGUAAUGGUGCACUUCUGCAAGUGCUCACGGGAAGUAAUUUCUGCGAGAAGAUACCGAAGGCUAAUGCUAUAAUAUCGUACAACAACAGGCCGGCAUCGGAGGCAGUACCCUAUUUUGAGCAGUUGGGUCCUCUGGUUAGUCAGAUGAUGCCUAUUGUGGAAGCAUCUCCAGUCUAUUCAAUGGCUAGGAGUGCCUCAGGAGAUGCGUGGAAUGUGCUUCGUGACACUGCUGGAGCAAUGGUACCAGACUAUGAUCCAGAAGCAGUAGUUUCCCUAACCAAAUUUGUCGAUCAGUUGCCCUCAGUAUUUAAUCAGCUUGCACAAGGAAUAUCAGAGUUCAAGCCAACACCCUCUGAGAAUCUUGAUUGCUUUAGAAAAUCGUACAACAUCCAGCAGACACUACUGGUUAAGUUCAAUAAUGAUGCAAUUGAUGAGACAGAUCUCCUUGAGGAGACAUUAAAGCCACGUGUGGACUCUAUAGGUGGAAAACUAGAGAAGGUUGUAUUGGGAGGUACCCACAUCACACCAUGCAUACAGGAACCAAGAUGGCAGGUGGGUGACUUGUACACUCCAGCAGAUGCUAUUGCUCAAGGGCUCAAGACUCUUUCACUAAAUGACACUCGAAUCCUUGCCAGAACGAUCACCGAUUGGUUUGCUCGCCUUGAGGAAUAG